UGCCUUGGGCAGGGGCAAUGGCUGAGCUGCCCAUCGUGGAGCUGCCCCCAGCCCGCUGCAGCGGCCGCUUCACCAUCAGCACCCUCCUGGGCACGGAGGAGGGUGGUCGUGGUCCCUACGCGCCCGCUGAGGGCUCUGGCUGUGACAGCACCCAGCCCACCCAGCUCUCGGGCAGCACCCUCUGCACCAGGACCUUUGGCUACAACACGGUGGACGUCGUGCCCGCCUAUGACCACUACGCCAACAGCAAGGGGGUGGUAGACACCAGGAAGGGCAGGCCCUCGCUGGCGGACCUGCACUCCAUCCUCAAGCCAGACCCAGGCCACCUCUGUGCGCCCGUGUCCGACCUGCAGCGGAGCAAUGGGCUGGCAGAGGCCGGCCCAGAGGAGGCACCGGGGGAGCCGGGCACAGACCCUGCACCAGAGCCCGUCCGCUUCGGCUGGGUGAAGGGUGUGAUGAUCCGCUGCAUGCUGAACAUCUGGGGAGUCAUCCUCUACCUGCGCCUGCCCUGGAUCACUGCUCAGGCAGGAAUUGCCCUGACUUGGCUCAUCAUCCUGAUGUCCGUGACAGUGACCACCAUCACCGGCUUGUCCAUCUCUGCCAUAUCCACCAACGGCAAAGUGAAGUCAGGGGGCACCUACUUCCUCAUCUCGCGGAGCCUUGGGCCGGAGCUGGGCGGCUCCAUUGGGCUGAUCUUCGCCUUCGCGAACGCAGUGGCUGUGGCCAUGCACACCGUGGGCUUUGCCGAAACUGUUCGGGACCUGCUGCAGGAGCACAACUCCCUCAUCGUGGACCCCACCAACGACAUCCGCAUCAUUGGAGUGGUCACCGUGACGGUGCUGCUGGGCAUCUCCCUGGCUGGCAUGGAGUGGGAGGCCAAGGCACAGAUACUGUUCUUCCUCGUCAUCUUGGUUUCCUUCAUAAAUUACCUGGUGGGGACGGUGAUCCCUGCCACUGCCGAGAAGCAAGCAAAGGGCUUCUUCAGCUACCGAGGUGGGUCAGCAGGGCCAAGCACGUGGCUCGAGCCCGGCUCCUUGCUGCUGCUGGGGGAGACGUUUGCUAUGGGAAAGUGCUCCUCGCUGAGAGAUGUCAGCAAGAGCUCAGUGUCUUCCUCCCAUGGGUUACCUGCCAUCAGCGGUGUGCCUCCAUCCCGCACCGAGAUGCUUCAGCCAGGAGACAGGUGGUCGGGAGGCCCCAAAUGCUUCUCCUCUGCUUCCUCCCCAGCUGACAUCUUUGCCCAGAACUUUGUGCCCAACUGGCGGGGACCCGAGGGCUCCUUCUUCAGCUUGUUUUCCAUUUUCUUCCCAUCGGCAACUGGCAUCCUGGCUGGGGCCAACAUUUCGGGUGACCUGAAGGAUCCUGCUGUGGCCAUCCCCAAGGGCACCUUGAUGGCCAUCUUCUGGACCACUGUGUCUUACCUGGUGCUUUCUGCUACAAUUGGCGCCUGCGUGGUCCGGGAUGCCUCUGGCAGCCUCAAUGACAGCGUGGCACUGGGCUCGCCGGGCUGUGAGGGGCUGGCCUGCGCCUUCGGGUGGAACUUCACCGCCUGUGCCCAGCGACAGAGCUGCCGAUACGGGCUCAGCAACUACUACCAGAGCAUGAGCAUGGUGUCCGGGUUUGGCCCCCUCAUCACAGCAGGGAUCUUUGGCGCUACCCUUUCCUCGGCACUGGCCUGCCUCGUCUCAGCCCCCAAAGUCUUCCAGUGUCUCUGCAGGGACCAGCUCUACCCCCUCAUAGGCUUCUUCGGGAAGGGCUACGGGAGGAACAGUGAGCCCAUCCGCGGCUACAUGCUCACCUAUGUCAUCGCCGUGGGCUUCAUCCUCAUCGCGGAGCUCAAUGCCAUCGCCCCCAUCAUCUCCAACUUCUUCCUCUGCUCCUACGCCCUCAUCAACUUCAGCUGCUUCCAUGCCUCCAUCACCAACUCCCCAGGCUGGCGACCCUCCUUUCGGUAUUACAGCAAGUGGGCUGCGCUCUUCGGGGCUGCCAUCUCAGUGGUGAUCAUGUUCCUGCUGACCUGGUGGGCAGCCCUCAUCGCCUUCGGCAUCGUCAUCUUCCUCCUGGGAUAUGUCCUCUACAAAAAGCCAGAUGUCAACUGGGGCUCCUCCAUGCAAGCCAGCUCGUACAACAUGGCCCUCAACUACUCAGUGGGGCUGAGUGAAGUGGAUGAGCACAUCAAGAACUACAGACCGCAGUGCCUGGUGCUCACCGGCCCUCCCAGUUUCCGCCCAGCCCUGGUGGACUUCGUGGGGACCUUCACCAAGAACCUCAGCCUGAUGCUCUGCGGCAACGUGCUCAUUGGACCACGGAAGCAGAAGAUGCCAGAGUCCCGGCUGAUGGCAGAUGGCCACACCAAGUGGCUUAUGAAGAGGAAGAUCAAGGCUUUCUAUACGGAUGUGGUGGCUGAGAAUCUGAGAAGUGGCGUCCAAAUGCUCAUCCAGGCUGCUGGCCUCGGGAAGAUGAGACCCAACAUCCUGGUGCUGGGUUACAAGAGGAACUGGCGGACAGGAUCCCCGCAGAGCCUGGAGGACUACGUGGGCAUCCUGCACGAUGCCUUUGAUUUCAAGUAUGGUGUGUGCUUGAUAAGGAUGAAGGAAGGGCUGAAUGUUUCCCGAGUGCUGCAGGCACAUGUUAACCCCACGUUCGAGGCAGCGGAGGAGAACGGCACCAGAGGCAGAGCAGCCCUGAGCACAGUGGAUCCUACCACCUUGGCCAGUGCGCAGCAGGCGAGCACCAUCUUCCAGAGUGAGCAAGGCAAGAAGACCAUUGACAUUUACUGGCUCUUUGACGAUGGAGGUCUCACGCUUCUCAUCCCCUACCUCCUGGGGCGCAAGAAGCGGUGGGGAAAGUGCAAAAUCCGCGUGUUUGUCGGCGGGCAGAUCAACAGGAUGGACGAGGAGAGGAAGGUGAUUGUCUCUCUGCUGAGCAAGUUCCGUCUCGGCUUCCAUGAGGUCCACAUCCUCCCUGACAUCAACGAGAAACCCCGGCCAGAGCACAUCAAGAGGUUUGACGACCUCAUCGCUCCCUUCAGGCUAAACGAUGGCUUCAAAGAUGUGGCCAUGGUGAAUGAGAUGAGGCAGGGCUGUCCCUGGAAGAUUUCUGAUGAGGAGGUUGAUAAGAACAGAGUCAAGUCACUUCGGCAAGUGAGGCUGAAUGAGAUUUUGCUGGAUUACUCACGAGAUGCGGCGCUCAUAGCCAUCACGCCACCCGUCGGCAGGAAGGGCUGCCCCAGCUCCCUCUACAUGGCCUGGCUCGAGACCCUCUCACAGGACCUGAGACCCCCCAUCAUCCUCAUCCGAGGCAACCAAGAGAACGUGCUGACCUUUUACUGCCAAUAAAGCCUCCUGGAUCCCUGCUGACCUGGGAUGUGAAUUUUUCAGGCCAGUUCUGAUCUUGGAGCAUGCUUGCCUGGGGCUGGGGAAGCAGUGAAGGCACCUGGUUGCCAGCUCUUGGGAACUGCUGACUGCACACAGCUGCCUGGCCUAGAGUGAGGCAGGAGCAAGGCUCAUUUCCAACAGCACAAGCCAGGUCCCCUUGUCACGCUGCGGGAGAAACACACAACUUUAUUCACCUCGAUGGUUACAGAAUUUACUGAUAAUCACCACCAGGAUUAGAAGUGUCAGUAGAAAAAUAAAAUUUACAGAGUU